CACAAUGUUCCGAAUCUAGUUUCUUUGAUCAAAUUAUGCAAAUAUUUAAUUAAAACAGCCACUGCAACCCACCCGCAACAGGUUAUUGAAUUUCUAAUGCGUUCAAAACAUGUGCCGAACUCACGUGUCACGUACAAAGCGGCUCAAACAUCCGUGUUCCAUAAGUAAGGGUGGAAUCCUUGUAUACAUUAAGCUGAAAGAUAGCAUUUACCGAUGAGGACCGAGAUUAUUUUCUCCGCAGAUCAGGCUCACAAGUCCAGCACAACAUUGCUUCUAUUUUUUCGUAUACAAACAUAUAUAUAUAUACGCGAAUAACAUAAAACAUAUACGAGUACACCAUAUAAUAUACGUACGAUGUUAUCAUAUCAUGUUAUGGGAAAGCAAAAGAAACAACAGUACAAUUCACUUGGUAAUAAUUCGGUAAAGAUACGGCGCGUUGACGAAGCAUUUGAUCCAUACCGACAGGCUUUCAUCCAUGGCGAUAUACAACAACAGAGUUAUAUAAUCAACGAGUUUGUGUCGAGUUUAGUAGCAGCUGAGAAUGCCAAGUUAGUCGAAGAACGAGGGUAUUGUAUGGAGAAAUGCUUAUUAAUCGAAGAGAUAUUUACAUGCAAUUUGUGUCGAGAGCUAUUGCAUGUUCCUGUGACGUUAGUAUGUGGGCAUACAUUUUGUUUGGAAUGUUUAGGAAACUAUGAGCGCGACGGUAGGACAAUGUGCCCAGGUUGUGGACAAGAGUCAAAUCUUCACUACACAUCCAACAUCGUUGUACGAGAACUAUCGCGAAUAUGCUUCCCCGAGAAAACCUCCAUACGAAAUUGCAUCGUCGAAGCCAAUAACCUACUACGCGAGCAAAAAAUGGAAGAAUUUAUGGAGUUAACAAAAAAUCUCUUGACAAAAUACCCAGAAAACGUUGAUCUCUUGCACUUACGUGCGAACGGGUAUCAAUGCCUGAAAGGUUAUAGUGACGCUCUAGAUGUCUUAGAUUUUGCAUGUACACUUGCACCAUUUUGUAGUAAAGUUUUAUACGCUCGAGGAGAACUGUUGGCAAGCAUUAUGAGCCAGAGGAGGCAAUGGUAAUGUUCCUUCGUGCCUCUGCUUUGAAACCAAACGACCUCACUUACCGCGGUAGAUUGACUUCGUGUCUUGAGAAACGUUUAAGAAAUAUCUGCAAUUCAAGCGAACUGUGUUCCCCCAGCUCGUCCUACAACGCUGAUCAUGAAGCUACUACCAAAAGAGUAUUAAAAUGUUUGCCUGUAAAAUCCGAGCCAAAUUUCGACGAAUCUACCACGACGGCGCAAAAUAUGUCAAGGAGAAUACCAGUUUGUAUAAAUGAAGAUGGUCAAGUUGGACAUAGAAAUGUAGCAGUUACAAUGAACUCAAAUGAACAUGCUUUUAGAACCGACUCCACUGAUCACAGAGGCGACCCAACGUGUAGAACCGACGCAACAGAGAAAACCGUCGAUACUUUGUCUUUGAUGGAUCAAGACCGUUCACGUUAUAAAAAAGAAGAAACAGAGUCAAAGAAUAUCUCACAAUGUCAGCGAGUUAGUUGUAUUCAGAGAAACAUCAUAAUCCCACCGAAAUCCAAUAUUCCAAGUGAACUAGAAUGUAAACUGUGUUUCAAUCUACUCUAUGAACCUGUUACCACAUCAUGCGGCCACUCUUUAUGUCGAGCCUGUCUAAGACGUUGUCUUGAUCACAGACUUGAUUGCCCGUGUUGUCGAACGAACCUACAGAGCUAUCUGGAACAUUUCAUCAUGAAAAACGUGGGAACAUGUAAGGUGUUAGAGAGUCUAUGUAUGUUGAAGUUUAAGGACGAAUAUCAAACCAGAAGACUAGCUUACGAAAAAGAACUUUUGGAAUUCUCAAGGUAAGAUGUCCUUACUUGACCGCUGAAACUAUUUAAAAAUAUAUACCAUUAUAUAUCAUAACAUAUAAUGGUAUAUCUUGGAUAUUUCAUUGGGUUUAUACAGUUUGAAAUAAUAUGUCGUAUAUUAUAGUCCCUGAUGCAUGGCUUUCAAUAUAGAGUUGAAUAUAAUUAAAGUCGGGUGCUGUUGAUAUUGAAAAACUGUUCUCGGUUAAAAAUUGAAGGUUUUUUUCACUUAUGGCAAAAAAUGUUUGAGAAUUUUCGCAUCUUCUGCCCAUAUUAAAAACUCGUAUAUUGUCUAUGCCAGCGUGAGAUACGGAGACGAUUACAAACAGCAGAGACAAUUAAAUGCAGAACGCAUAUUAUAAUAGAAAUGAGUUUCAUCUCCUGCAAAAUAUACUUGGUCGACACUACAGACUACAGUUUCCUUGUUCAAACCAAUUUGUGACAGUAUAUAGGGUCAUUUCAAGCUCUAGAUUAACAAAGUACAGGUUUGAGUUAGUCCUCCAACUACCGAACUAUGUUUUAACUUAAAAAGAUCACAUGCUAGUGUUGGGAAGCAUUACUGCAUUGGUAUAGGAACAACUAACCAUGGUCAUAGAUGGUCGUGCGAUUCUCAUCGGCAAUCUCAUCUUCGAUUGAUCCACGGGCUUUACGCUAUACCUAUAUGAUAAAUUGCUUUUUCCAUCAAAACAUAUGUUUUGACUAUAAGUUUGCGACAAUAUAGACUUAUUCUAUUCUAUAAAACUUUCUUUCAACCAAGGAUUGACUGCAGCACUAGCUGUUUGGGGACAAUCGCCACACACAUCAAGAAUACACGAACUACAAAAACUUAUAUUAAGACUGCAUGAUACUGAAAUCUAAACUUUCUCACCUUCCAAACCGAAGUGCCUUCGCUCGAAACGUCGAGGUUCUCCUUAUAUUUUUCAGGUAGUUGUAUUGGCACAGACCAUGCAUUCAAGGCCGGAAACAGCUCAAGUCUGUUUCGCCAAACUCAUGAAUCGUGUAAAAACACUGCUAAACAUCGUCAAUAAACAUAUUAAAUAAGGUAUAGACUAUAGCCAAAGACGAAAAGACUGCAUCCUCAGUAUUUUCUAUAUUCAGUUUCACCGAAGAAAUGAUGGAAAAAUACAUACUUUAUGUUCUUGAUAUCAAAAUUGAACCAAACUAUUCUGUCAUUGUAUGUAUAUACAGGGCCAUGAGAAUUAACUUCAAGACUCAAGUUAAGACUUUUGAAUAGAAAGUUUCUAUAUACUCGAAAGAAUCCUUGUUUGAAGUGGCAGAUAAAUCCAAAUUCGGCCGAACACUGCUUAAUAAGUUUGCUAAGAUUUGAAGGCAAAUCAUCGAUGCGAGCUUUCCAAGAUAUAUGAUUGUCAAUUUUCACACUCCAAGAUAUAUGAUUGUCAAUUUUCACUUUACAAGACAAAACAACUGAGUUCAUGCAUAUAUAGUUGCCAAAUAUUGUUCAAAUAUUGUUCGUUGCCAAAUAUUGUUCAUUAAUUUAAAAUAGGUAUCGUUAACGAUCGGGCUGUUGUUGAAAUGUCAGCGCUCUAAUUAACUGAGCUACAGAGUCGACCUGGUUAUAGGCUAGUAAUAGAGACGAUGAUAAGAUAAUUGCGUAUUGCGAUCGACAGAUACAUACAACUACCUUAAAAAUACAAUCAGAAUUCGACGUUAAACAGAACUUCGCGACGUUUUUGCAGGAAGUUCCGUACUCUAAAUAGAACUUCGCGACGUUUCCAGGGAAGUUCGAAAGUUUCAGCCAAAAGUUUGACAGAAAAAAUGGGAUUUAACUGUUCCUCAUGACCUACUUUUUAUAGGCUAGCUCGCGCUUUCCCGAGUUUAUAUUAUAGAGUUUGGCAACCUAGAACGGCAACGACGAAAAUAUAAUUGCUUAUAUUAUUUUCAAUUUGGGCCAAAGUAUAUGUUACUACACUUAAUUUGCCUCUUUAAGUAUUCUUGCUUCGCCAAAACAGUCCUUAAGUAAAAAUGGUCCGCGAAUUCAAAUAAAACAACUCAAAUAACAUCGAACGAAUUAACUGUUGCCGUGGUCGACAUGCAUCGUGAAGAUUUUCAUGUAUCAGUUUCAACAACUACGGCAUUGCACAACGCUUAAGACCAUGUAAUUUACAUUCGCCUUUGUCUUUGAGGAUUAAUGCUAAUGUUGAUGACCAUAUUGUCAUUGCCGUUGCCCUUGUAUUUGCCAAACUCUAUACUGACUCUUUAGACGGCUGCCUGGCGCCAAAACAAAGUCAAAGUAUAGUUAUAUAUAUAUAUCCCUAUUACUAUAUUAGCCAAUAGAAACACAUUUCCCAACGGCAACGAACAUGAAAUCAUUCUUUGGUAAUGCCUAUGCAGGUGUACCAUUACCAAAGUAAUGGAUGGUAUACCAUAUAAAUGGUUUAUUGACACAUUUAGCAGCACUAGUUAGCUAAUUCACAAUGCGUUUACAAUAUAAGGAAAUCUAAAAAGCGUAUAUAUAUACCUUCUAUUUAUUUACUUCAUUCAUUAAAUAUAAAACCUUAUAUACUAAUCUAUUUUGCCUGAUGUAUUCUAGUGUCUUUGCCGUAUAAGAGGCUAUGAAGUUUAUGGUUUGGUUCCAGUAUUUUUUUAAUUAUAGAGAUAUACAUAAUUCGUAAACUUCGUCUCAGUUAUUGCUUGAGCGUAUAGUCUUGGUUAUUAUUGUUAUUAUUAUUAUUACAAUAUUGCCUGCUCCCAAAAGGGCUUUUCAGCAGGUAAUUACAAAUCAUUUAUAUGCUACAAACAAUAUAUAUACACCCACAAACAAACAUACAUACAUACAUACAUACAUGCAUACAUACAUACAUACAUACAUACAUACAUACAUACAUACAUACGUACAUACAAACACAAAUUAAAAUUUAUAAUUAUUAGUAAUGUCACUUAAAAAAUGUUAACUACUUCCUAAUAAAAUCCAUACAGUAAAAACGUUUAUAUGCUAAUUUAAACAAGCCCAAAUUGUCUAAAACUAUUAACUACCUUCUAAAAAUCCAUGCAAUAAAUGACAUUUAUAUUCUAGUUUAAACCGGUCCAAAGUGUCAAUGCCUUUAAUAUGAUUUGUGAGCUCAUUCCAAAUAGACACUGCGCAAUAUGGUGCGCAAAAUGGUGUUAACACUGGCUGCGCAAAAUGGUGUUAACACUGUGAGUCUUUGAUCUCAUUUCGAAUUUGUCACACAAGUAUGGCGGAGCUAACCCUUUCAUGCACUUAAAUGUCAUAACCGCAUCCCUGAGUUUUAACACACACUCAACUGGAAGCCAGGCUAAGUACUCGUUUUUGAAUUCGUUCAAUGCAUGCUCUCCUUCUGUUCUUGGGUUAUGUAAACCUCCGUUCCAAAUCUCUGCACAGAAACCUUCUGAGAUCGUUAUCCGUCGGGAAGAUAUCAUUAACACCAUUAUAUUUGCCAGUACUAGUAUAGUCUAUAGUAUAGUCGGCAAGCGAGCCUGGGUCAUUGCGUUUAUAUGACAAAUUCCAUCCCACGACUUUAGCAAGAUCUUGGGUCACGCAUGGCUUGCCCCAUAUAUAAACAGCCCCUAAACCAUGACUUGUUACACGUAAGAAAGUUCUGAAAUUUUCAAAAAUGAAGAAAUAAACCACCUUGGCGUCGAUACGUUUUUCUUAAUGCAUGUCGAAAUCACGUGCCGCGAUGAAAAGCCAGCGCGCGCGUCAUAGAACGUCUUACGUAAGAAAAAAUGUUGAAUAAAACGCUUAUAAAAUACAAGUAUCAGACGACGAUAGCACAAUUAACACUUAAAAUUCAUGCAUGCUUUUUAAAAAAAAUACUGUCAAAGCAGGCCAAUAUAAAAAGUGCAAAAUGUUAUGUAAUCGGCCACCGAUGAUAAUAUAUAACAUGCAUGUAGCAUUAUCAUUUAUGAUGAAUAAUUCAAACCAUUGGCAUUGCGCCAUUGCGAAUUCGUAACAAUUCUACAAUUCUUUUUUCCGGUUUUGCUAAUCGAUUCGUUACAACAAAAUUUAAAUAUCUCGAAAAUAUCAGUUAAGCAAUAUAAAAUAUUUUUAUCACCCUGCCCAGACCCAGUUCAACAACAAAUUUGAAAUAUCUAGAAAUGGUGUCUGCCAUAUGUUAAUGAAUAAUGACGGAAUGUUUUUCAGUUGACGAUCUCGUCAGAUGAUGUUAGAGUAUUAAUAAUUAAACGAAAAAGUUUAAAUCUUUCUAAAUUUUAUAUUAGUACUACUUACCUCAACAAAUCCACAUUAAAUCAUACAGAAAACCGAAUUUUAUCCUUUUAUUGAAUUGGUUAUUUCAUCAGUAAAGUUUAUAAGGGUUUAAACGUUUCCGUGCAUCCACGCACGGGCCAAAACAGAAGCACGCUCAUGCGCUGAUUCACGUGUUUCGGUCACGCGUAUGCUAAUAUUAUGGUUAUCAAGUAUGGCUUGAUUGAUUAAAACAAUAUUGGUACACGGCAAUUUGAACGGACAUCUUGCAAAAACAUCUGACAACUGACAGAAGAAGCUAUUUCAUAAACAAGGAUCAUAAUCUGAAACUAUAUUCUCUUUAUUUCAUUUCUUAUAGAUGCGAAAGCAACAAGGAUGAGAUACCGAUAUUCGUAUGCACACUGGCAGUGCCCGACAUUGCUUGUCCUCUGCAUAUAUUUGAACCUCGCUACAAGCUCAUGAUACGGCGGUGCAUCGAAAGCGGUUCGCGACAAUUUGGCAUGUGCGCUCCAGAUCCCGAGCAAACUUUUGCGACGGUUGGAACAAUGUUACAUAUAAACGACGUCAAUUUCUUGCCCGAUGGAAGGUCUGUUGUUCACACGGUUGGCAGCAGGCGCUUUCAAGUUUUGGAGCGAGGGUUACAAGAUGGCUACAACACUGCCAAGGUUGCUUGGCUUCAGGAUGAGUGUGAUGAGAGCGACUACACUAAACUCAAUUGCGAAGUCUACAACAUGAUGACACAAUGGCUUGAAAAGCUACCGAGCGAGCAGAAGAUAUGCAUUGUGAAAGCGGUUGGGCGAUUGCCUGAUGCACUCCAGGGAACAAAUGAGAAUGGCCCCAGCUGGUUAUGGUGGCUGUUGGUUGCGAUGCCUUUGAACCACGAGGCAAAACACAUCAUCUUGUCUAUGACAUCGAUCACUGAACGUUUAAACAGUGCGAAACGGUUCUUAGCAAUAUUGUUAAGGAGAAGCACUCAACAACCAAAUUUUGCUUGCGAUCGUGGUCCCUGGCCAUGUUAGGCUAUUACAUUUAAUACCCAAUCCCCACCCUGUCGAGGACCUCUAUUCCAGAAGGGUCAAAUCUGUGGUCAAAUACACAGAUUUCUUUGCAUUCCUGAGGGGUAAAAAUCUCCAAAGCAGAGGUCCUCGACAGGGGGGUUUGGUUUUUAAAUGUAAUAGUUAUUAAAACGUCACUUCACCGGGAUCAUACAAUAUUAUAACGCAGAUUUUAUAGAUUAAUAUAUACAUAUUAAGAAAAGAUAUAGAGAAUAAUACAUGGGUGCGCGGAAAUACCAGAUUUAUUUCGAGUGUUGAACAUGAUAUCUCACGAGUGAGCGCAGCGAACGAGUGAGAUAUCAUGUUCAACACGAGAAAUAAAUCUGGUAUUUCCAAGCACCCAUGUAUUUUUCUGUUUAUUAUAUAAACAAAAUUCAGUGAAAAACAAUAAAACGUCCGUGGCAAUGCGUUUUACAACAAAUGAUAUUUUCACACGUAAAAAUAUCGUAUUUUUUACGUGUGUUCAAAUACGAUUUUUCUCAGUGGCCAAAAACUCUAUAUAACACUUAUGUUUAUAUAAUAAAUAGAUUUUGACAAUAGCGCGUUGUUUAGUUGCUAAUUCAAAGUUAAAAGAUGAACAAAGUUAUUGAUUAUUAUUUGAUAAUGAAUUAAUUAAAGGGUAUUGGCAAUAAAAAUUUUUAUUGCUUUAUCUGAAAGAGCAUGAAAAAAUAAGCCGCUUGGCCGUUUACUGUUCUAUUCUAUCUCAUCUGGUUCCGAAGUUAUACGCAAAAAUGUGUAAAAUAUAAAUUGCUGAUUCAGCACAACGUGUGACGUCAUUAGUUGGGUAAGUAUGUUUAUUGAAUAGUAAACUGAAGCAUAUCUAAGUUAUUAUUAUUGGCUCAAAUCAAAUGAAAUUUUGCAUACAGAUAGUACAUGCUGAGACGCAUGGGAAAAUACUUCUAAUUUUGUUGUCAAGGUAACACAGUUGUUCCCAGUCCCCUUACACUGAUUUUGAAUAACUAGUUGCAUUUAUCUAUGUGUAUGUCAUUUUCGAAUAUUAUCAUGCAAGUAAACUUUUGGCAUGCAUAGGUAUGGUACACAUACUUCUAUUAUUUUAUCCUUAUCAGUACCAUGAAUAAAGCUGUUUUAUAAAAUUGGCGCAAGGGGCCUGGGAACGACAUUGUUACCCUGGCAACAAAAUUAGAAGUGUUUUUCAAUGCGUCUCAUGUACAAUCAGUAUGCAAAAUUUCAUUUGAUUUGGGCCCAUAAUAACUGAGCUAUGCUUCAGUUUACUAUUCAAUAAACAUACUUACCCAACUAAUGACGUCACACGUUGUGCUGAAUCGGCAACUUAUAUUUUACACAUUUUUGCGUAUAACUUCGGACUAUAGAUGAGAUAGAAUAGAGCAUUAAACGGCCAAUCGGUUUAUUUUUUCAUGCUCUUUCAGAUGAAGCAAUAAAAUUUUUUGUUGCUAAAACUGUAAUAUUCAAAUAUAUAUUCUUGUAUUGAAAGACAAAGUGAACGAAAUCCAUUACCAUAGCUGGAAAGAGCAUCUUAAAAUGAGUAAAAUUGCAAACGGUUUGGUUGCGAAUAAAAUGAGGAAAAUAUAGCCCUGUGAAGUUCGCAAAUUUUGUAUAUAUUCGAAUGACGUGCGCGAAAAAUAACCAUUUUUGGUUUAUUUUUACCGCGCGUAAUACAAAUAUAUGCAAAAUUUGGGAACUUCACAGGGCUAUAUUUUCUUCAUUUUACAACAUUAGCAACCAAUCUUUGCAGUUUGACUCAUUCUAAGACGCUCUUUCUAGCUGUGGUGUUGGAUUUCGUUCUUGCCGUGAUCAAAACUUAGCAGUCUAGCUGGAAUCACUCAUUGAUACUAAAAGGCGAAUAGUCGGCAAAUAGUCGGCAAAUAGUCGACGCAUGUGAACUUAACAAUCUUAGUUCUGUUAAAUUGCUAACUUUCACUUGUUUAAUUAAAUAGUUAUUUUAUAGUUUUUUUAUUUUCUACAAUGUCAAUGAAUUAUUGCAUGUGAUUAAUUAAUUAAAAUAAUAUGAAAGAUAUUGGUGCAAUUUUUAUUCUCAUACGGUCUGCAUAGAUAAGUCUGAAAUAAUUUGCCGAAAACUAAUUGGGAUAAGUUCUGUCGCGCAUGUAAAGACGUUUUAUGAGCGCAAAGUUUACGCUAUAGUGCGCGCAUAUAUGCAUGAUUAGGAAACUGUACAUAAAAUGGUUACAGGCCUAUAGGGAAUAGCAUAAACGUCCUCGAG